AUGUAUGUUCUCAAGCAGACGAAUAACCACGCAGGCACGUCUGCCUCAGACCUUGCCCCCAGCGUGGCUGAUAACCCCGCGAGAAAUGCAGGGCAGAGCUCGACACAUGGAACCGGUGCCUUCACCCCAGCUUCCGCCAAGUCAAAGUCUGAAGCCGCAGCCGAAGUCGCAGCUACGGUCGCGACGAAUAAGGACGAUCCAUUGAGCACCCUAUACUUCCGUGACGGCAAGCGACGCAUCGAUUUCGUGCUCGCCUAUGAGAAGCUCGAUGACCGCGUGCUGGAAAACCGUCGUGCCACUUUCGAAAAGAACCUGCUCAAAGAAAGACUCGAGCUGGAACUCGAGAAUGCCGCGGCAUCCCGUGACGGCAAGACCAACUUCCUCAAGGUCCACGCUCCAUGGGUGGUGCUUAUAAGUUACGCAGAGAAGCUGCACCUUCGCAUGCCCAUCAAGAAGAGAGGCCGAAGGGUGCCUUUUCCGACACUGAAAGUUGGCGAAGGCGACAGUCCGACACUGCCAGACCUCAAAGACCUCGAAGACAUCUCGACAGAGCUCGAAGUUGAAGCAAAGCCAACCAAACUGGACACCCUGUGGGCCAAGUUAUGGACACCGUUCCCCUACGACAAAAAACUCAUACCGGACGAGAAGCAGUUCUUCACCGCCGAGUUUGUGUGCCAGCGAGAGCCCAUGUACCUGAUGCAAUACAAGGAGACCUUCUUCUCGCAAGCCAUUCGAAGCCGGAUAGCGUGGGAGGUGCUCAUGAGGGCUGCAUACGAAUACAAAGAAAGUCAAAGAGGCAUACACAAGCUACUCAACGACGAGGUCUACUUGGCAGCCUACCCUUUGCAUGACGACGUUGUGUACCCGGAGUACGAGGCCAAAGCGACGCUAUACAAGCUGAAUCCGGUGACUAUGAUAUACGAACCUUACGUGCCCACCUGGGAGAAAGUGGCGCGGAUUGCAGCUACCAACUCCGUCGUUUUGGUUAUGCUGUGCCUGGUGGUGUGCUCGGUGUUCGCCAUCAUCGCCUAUCGCAUCAUCACACUCGGCUGGUUAUCGCAGAAACCCCAGCUGCGCCCCCACGCCCACAUGGCGACUGCUGUGUCCGCUUCGCUGCUCAAUCUCGUCGUCAUCUUACUCAUGAACAAGUGCGACGGCGUCUGCCUCUACGAAGUAACCGUCCAACUGGCAAUAGUCAUGAUCGGCAAGCAGGUCGUCAACAACAUCCAAGAGUUUGCAAAAUUGCGGCUCACCAACCGGUGGCGCUCGUGGCAGCGGGACCACGUGAGGCGCGGCGGCGCAGUGAGCAGUGGACCGCUGGCCCGCUGGGAGGAGGACUACGUGCUGGCGGAGUGGAGCGUGCUGUCGCUCUUCGACGAGUACCUCGAGAUGGCCAUCCAGUUUGGUUUUGUCACCCUCUUCGUGGCCGCAUUCCCACUGGCGCCGCUGUUCGCGCUCCUCAACAACAUCGUGGAAAUCCGCCUGGACGCCUACAAGUACACCUCGCAGAUGCGCAGGCCGCUUGCCGAGAGGGUGUCGAACAUUGGGGCAUGGCAGGUCAUUCUGCAAGGAGUUUCCAUUUUCGCUGUCAUCUGUAACGCGUUCCAGAUCGCGUACACCAGCGAUUUCAUUCCGCGACUGGUGUACCGCGUCGCGUACAGCGGCGACUUCAGCAUGCGCGGAUUCGUCAACUUCAGCCUCUCGUCCUUCGACACGAGCGACUACGACAACGAGACGCGCCCGGACAACGCCACGCUGGACGGCAUCGUCGUCCGAGAGUGCAGGUACCAGGGAUACCGAGAGCCACCCGGUUCGGAAAACGAAUACCAGCUCACCCUCACCUACUGGCACAUAUUUGCCGCCAGGCUUAUCUUUGUCGUUGUGUUUGAGCACGUGGUCUUUUUCAUAACGGGUCUCGUGGCCGCGCUCAUACCGGACGUGCCUCAGUCAGUGCAGCAGCGGAUAAGGCGGGAACAGAUCGUGGCACAGAAUCUGAUCGCCGGCCUGCAUAGCGGCCAGCGCGCUCGGUCCCAGCGAGGAUCUAGGAGCAGCUUCUCCAAUGCCAGCAAGUGAUCGUCACCAACUUCAGGAUCAUCGCUGCCAA